CUUCUGCUCCGGCGGCCAUGGCUCUCAGCUCGGAUCCGGCGUUUGUCCUGCACGGGCUCAGGAGCCCCCUGAGGAAGAAACCAAACGGUUAUCUUACAAACUCCCAAAGGACAUUCACCACACGUCAACAAAUUCCAAGAGACCUAUCAGCAGCCUGGAGACUCCAUAACAGUUCAGCAAAGACUUCCAUGGAUGAUAAACUGAAGGAGAUGCUUGUGUCUGGCAGCAGGAAGGAUAGCCCCAGCAUUGAUGAGUUGGAACAAAGUUUAAGUGCACUAAAGGUGCAGGUAAAAGGCCUUACUGAGACUCUGAAUCCUGAAUCAUUGACAGAGUACAAGAAGAUAGGAAAGUCAGAAAGCAUCUUUAGAUCCAGUGGCAAGAGCGGUGACUGGCUAGCCUCGGCUGAUGGGACAUUACCUGAGGAGGAUGUAGGUGGACAAGCAAAAAAUCCUGAUGAGUUAGAUUGGUUUUUGAGGCCAAGGCAUUUAGUGCAGUCGCUGGGCAGAUAUCCAGCACUUGAAGACCUUGGUGUUCCUGUUCGCCCCAUGUCACCAGUUGAUCAAAUGGUGAACCUUGCUGGGAGUGAGUUCUCCAGCAAUAACUACAGAACUUCUGCCAUCUCACCGGACAUUGCCUACAAAGAAAGCUUUCCGCUUAGGCUGGGUGCACAGCAUGUAAUUGGAGUCAAGGCUCUUCUUCCUCCUCAGAUUCCUGUCCGGCCUCAAUCCCCUGAAAGGAGCAGAUCAUCAUUCCUCAGAGACCGAUCUCAGACUCUCAGACGUUCCAGAAGCAUCCGAUCACGAUCUCUGUCCCCAGCUUCCAAAAGAAGUCAUUGGCAACAGUCCCGCUCCCAGUCUCCCAAACCCGUGUGGAGACCAAAUUCUGCUAAAGUAAAUGCAUGUGGGCAGCCCCCUCCCCCCAUUAACAGGCAGAGGUCAGGAAGCAAGAAGAUGACCUCCAACAGACUGACCAGAUCAUAUUCCUAUAGACCAGGAGUGUUCAGCUCAAGGUUCCAACCUGCGCCCAGUCAGAUCCUGGAUGACAGCUCAAGCUCCUUUUGGACUCCAUACAGUUUUACAGCCCCAGCUGUGUCAUCUCUUUCUUCUCAGCAAAUCAGUGAAAGGUUCCUGCAGUCGCUGGCAGAUGGCGAUGUCAGACAAUCAUUGGUGGAAAUGUCUCCGUACCAACAAGAACACUCUAAUCUGAGGCUGCAACGCCUCCGUGUAGAGGAAGAGUUACUACUGGAGCUGAAACGGCAACAAGAACUGGAGAGAAUCCGGGGCCCACAGCCCAAGUGGUAUGAAAUGAAAGGAUCUCGUUUCCAUUAUGAAGCUCACAAGAACAGUGAACUGUUACGAAACAGCAAGGACUGGCAGUCUCAGUUUAGCUAUCAGGACGAUCUGCUCUCUGCAUCUGAGCACUUCUCACCAAAAGGCUGUCACAGGCAAUCAGAUUCUGCAUGAUAUUCAACAGUGAUUAUUCUCCUGGUACUGAUAACCUUCAGUCAUCCAGGCAUUCAUACAAGAUGGCUUUAAAGUGCAUCAUUAUGAAAGUGGUAAUAUUACUCUGUGUAGUCAGGUCUCAUUGAGACACUAGAGCACUAUAAAACAAAACAGUGUGAGAUCUCCAACAGGAAUGAGUGCUUUACUCUGGGUGGAAUAUAAUCCCAGUUGGAGUGAAGCAGUAUUAAGGAACAUGCAGGUGUGCCCAUAAUUGCAGGAUGAAGUCAAGUUUAAGAAGUGCUAAGGUGGUUUGUUAAAUUCCUGGGCACAUUGCUUUCUAGUAACAUUAAAAAAAACACUGAUGGAAUGGAGCUGUGCUUAUAGAUGUUAGCAAUCUGUAGACAGAUGGAAUGUGAUUCACAGCCAUGUGCAGCCUGCAGCUGCAUCUCUCACUGUACGGCUUCCAUUGUUAGAUUGGUAUUAUAGUAACUGCAUCAAGUGACAUGGAAUUUUCAUGUAAAGAAUACAAAUGAUUUCUUGAAAUUUUUCUUCUGGAGAGUGGAACAUUGCUGUCUG